AUGAGUUCGGAGGUAAUCAAGCGGGCAAAUCCCGCCGACGAUUAUGAACUCUUACAACGGGUUGGUUCUGGUACUUAUGGUGAAGUAUACAAAGCUCGUCACAUAAGGAGUGGAGAGUUGUCUGCUGUAAAAGUUGUGAAGUUGGAAGCGGGUGACAACUUCACCAUCAUUCAACAGGAAAUUUUGAUGAUUCGCGAAUGCUCACAUCCAAAUAUUAUUGCCUAUCAUGGAAGUUAUUUACGCCGCGAUAGAUUAUGGAUUGUGAUGGAAUACUGCGGAGGAGGAUCUCUUCAGGAUAUUUACCACAUGACUGGACCACUCUCUGAGCUACAAAUUGCCUUCGUCUGUCGCGAAACUCUGAAAGGACUGGAUUAUCUUCAUAAAAUGGGGAAGGUUCAUCGGGAUAUUAAAGGAGCAAACAUUCUUUUGACGCAUGCAGGUGAUGUGAAACUUGCUGACUUUGGUGUAGCCGCUCAAAUAACUGCAACAAUAGGAAAGCGGAAAUCCUUCAUAGGGACACCUUACUGGAUGGCCCCCGAAGUGGCUUGUGUGGAAAGGCGAGGGGGCUAUGGUGUUCAAUGUGAUGUUUGGGCAGUUGGAAUUACAGCCAUCGAGUUGGCGGAAUGUCAACCACCUGCAUUUGAUCUCCAUCCAAUGCAGGUUCUAUAUCUUAUGACCAAAAACAACUAUAAGCCACCCCAUCUCAAGGAUAAGCACCGCUGGUCACCUUUGUUUCAUGACUUUGUCCGCCAGUGUCUCACAAAAAACCCGAAAAAGAGACCGACGCCAGAUAAACUCUUGGCGACGCACCACUUUGUUUUGGGCGCGCUCAGUUCGAGAAUGACCAGAGACCUUCUCGACAAGGUAAAUAACGGCUCUUCCGCUCGACUAAUUCAGCGAAACAGUCACCAAGAAGAGGAUAAGGAUAGCGGUGAAGAUGAUGAGGAAGAGCUACGACCACGCAGUGUACCUCCUCUUCGUGUUGGUCUUCCCGAUCGUCUUGAAGGCCUUCGAUUAGGUGGAGCAUUGGUUCGCAGCAGUCGUGACACAUCUCCUUCAACCCCCUCUUCAUGUUCAUUAUCUUCCCAUGGUGGAGCAUUUCAUUCUGAUCGAACUCUUCCAGCGAGGGAUUUGCCUCCUCUACCUGAUGUAGUGUCCGGUGAUGCUUUACUUCAUGGUGGAGAUGGCGUUAUUGAAGAAGAGUGCGGAACACUCUUAGCACCUCGUCCUCCUGUUCGUACACUGCGUAUAGCCCGGAAUGCCAUGCUCCGUUCGUCUUCGUUGGAAAACAGGGGUUCGAUCCGCCUACGGCCUGGUGCUGUGGAUAUUGAGCGGCCAAAAACUUACUUUGGGAUGCCCGUCACGCCAAAAGUUGUUAUGGGCGCUUGCUUCACGAAGAUGGUUCAUGAAUGUAGUCUGCGAAUCAAUUGUGCUGGUUCUUGGGUUCAUCCAGAUAGUGGUGCACAAUUCCUCCUUCUUGGUUGCGAGGAAGGCAUCUACGCUGUGGACACGAACAAGUUGCAUGACGGAGAACUGUCUAAGAUUCAUCAUCGUCGCUGCUCGUGGCUUUAUGUCCAUCAAGAUGUUCUGAUGGCAAUGCAAGGGCGAAACUCUUACCUGUAUAGGCACGAUUUGGUAGCACUUUCACAGAAGAACCUCACCUUACGAUUCAGUAAACCUAUGAAUAGGGUGCCGGAGAAAUACAUUCCUAAAAUGCUUGCCGUUACUGUUCGACUACCGGAGACAAAGGGUGCCCUACAGUGUACGACAUCGCAUGGUGAUGGUCCUCAAACUGGGGCUGUAUUCUUGUGCUGUUGCGUUCCCUCCGCAGUAUUACUGUUCCAAUGGUACGAGCCUUUGAAUAAGUUUCUGCUCGUAAGGUCGGCUGAGCUCGAUACCACUACUCGAUUUCCUCUCUCUCCCUUCACGCUGAUCAAUGCACGCACAGAUUUUCCCCAGUUGUGCGUAGGUGUUCAAGGAACUGAUGUUAUCGGCAAAUAUGAGUUUAGUUGGGCCAAAUUCGAAGACCGAAAGGUUGUGAUCACCAACUUGGAAGGUUUUGAAAAAACAAAGCUAGCUGUUUUCACAUUCAACUUCAUUAUCGAAUUCGUCCACUGUAUGCCAGACUCAAUUUUAGCCUUUCACUCGCAUGGCGUCCAAGGGAGGUGCUUGACAAAUAAUACAGUAACGCAGGACAUAUCGGAUAUGUCGAAGGUCUAUCGUGUUAUUGGAAAUGAUAGAGUGAUAGUGCUGAAAUCUCAUCCGCUAUGCAGUUGUGAAAAAAGCGACAUUUGCCUUCUGACUGGUCAUGAAGCUACACCUACUAUAUGA